AUGGCAUAUAUGGUCCUUCCCAUCUUCCUUGUAUCCCAGCUCCUGGUCCUCAUAGCAGCUGCAGUAGAUGCACCAGUAGAUGCACCAGUAGAUGCAGCAGUAGAAGCACUAGUAGAGGCACCAGUAGAUGCAGCAAUAGAUGCUCCAGUAGAUGCACCAGUAGAUGCACCAGUAGAUGCACCAGUAGAUGCACCAAUAGAUGCAGCAGUAGAUGCACCAGUAGAUGCAGCAGUAGAUGCAGCAGUAGAUGCACCAAUAGAUGCAGGAGUAGAUGCAGGAGUAGAUGCACCAAUAGAUGCAGCAGUAGAUGCACCAGUAGAUGCACCAGUAGAUGCACCAGUAGAUGCACCAGUAGAUGCAGCAGUAGUUGCACCAGUAGAUGCACCAGUAGAUACACCAGUAGAUGCACCAGUAGAUGCACCAGUAGAUGCACCAGUAGAUGCACCAGUAGAUGUAGAAGCUGCAGUAGCAGUAGCAACAGCAUAG